CCCCGCAGGACGAUGGCUCUGAGCCCCCCCGGGCAGCAGGAGGCGGCGGCAGGCGGCCAGCGGGCUGGGCAAGCGGCCGGCCCGGCGGGGCUACCGCUCCACUCGCCCUGGACCUUCUGGCUGGACAAGUCACUUCCAGGUACAACAGCAGCUGAAUAUGCAUCAAACUUGAAGAAGAUCUAUACAGUACAAACAGUGCAGGAUUUCUGGAGUGUCUACAACAACAUUCCUCGUGUGACAGCUUUGCCUCUGAGAUGCAGUUACCACUUAAUGCGGGGAGAGAGACGGCCGCUUUGGGAAGAGGAAAGCAAUGCCAAAGGAGGUAUAUGGAAAAUGAAGGUCCCCAAAGAAAGUACGGCUGCAGUUUGGAAAGAGCUACUGUUAGCAACUAUCGGAGAGCAGUUUACAGACAGCUGUGCAGCAGAUGAUGAAGUGAUAGGGGUUAGUGUCAGCGUUCGUGACCGUGAAGAUGUUGUGCAAGUCUGGAAUGUGAAUGCCUCUUUAGCAAAUGAAGCAAAAGUUUUACAGAAGGUCCACCAACUCCUGCCUCACACAUCUUUUAAAGUGCUGUUUUAUAAAUCACACCAAGACCAUCAUGCUUUUGAAAGCCAAUGGGGAAAACAUUAAGAGCAGAUGGUGCCAAGCUUAUUCGUGUUAUUUGGUGUUUAGAGGUAGUCUGGACAAGGAGAAGGGUGGUUAGAGCCCUGCAGAAGCAUUACACACUGUGGCUAUUUUGAGUUUCUAACACUUCAGACUGGGAAAAUGAGCAAAACCAGUUGCCUUAACCACUAAACAUGCAAUUCAUUACUUCUGGUUUGGUUGGGGGUUUUGGGGAAUUUUUUCAUUGUUUCCCUACAAAGAUAUUUUAGACACUUGAGAGUUUUUUUGUUUGGGUUAGGAUGGGGUGUUUUUUCCCCAAUCAGAUGAUAUUGGUUCCUGUUAAGGUAGCAGGCUUUCAUUUCUUCUGUAAACGCACACAUGCACAAAGAUGGUAACGCUGUUUUUCCUGGAUGUGCUGCACACAGAGGGAUACUGGCUUGGUGAAAUGUGGUUUCAAUUUUCAUUUUCAAACAUUCCUAUCAUGUUAAGACUUACUCCCUGGUUUUGUCUCAAGAGAGAAAGGAAUUGCACUGCAUUUAUUCUACUACUCAGUAUCAUCUGGUCUUGCACUGGCAGUGGCACACAUACUGUAAAAGUAAAUAGUAGUGCUCAUUAAAUGAGCAACUGAAGAGAACACAUUUCUAUUGGGACUAACCCUCCAUGGGAUGAUGUUUAACGAGUGUUUUAAUUGCAGUGAUUUCAAAAGAGCCCUCGCUCAGACUAGAAUGAUACAUCCUUGCAAAGUCCACACCUCUGAUUUAAGAGGGGAUGAGGAUUUUAGAGUGUUCUCAUGUUGUAUCCCUUCUCGUGAUAUUUUUCCGUACAUUCAUGAGAAAGUGCCACAAACAACUUCUAAUGCAUUAGACCAGCUGGACCCAUCCCUCACUUCUGUGAAUGUUUUGGGCUCAUGGCUGCACCCACAAAGGUCAGUAUCAGUAUUGCCUUUGACUUCAAUGCAGAGGAAGAGAUCCCACCAUAUGGAGUUCCAAGCCAUCAAGACAAGUGAUGUUUAAAAAGAAUACAGGAAAAGAAAUGGAUUUUGUGUUGCAGCACUAGUAUGAACAGUUAGGAAUAUAAACAGUGUUCAUCUUUAAACAUUUGUCUAUAUUAAUUCUUUGAAGGUAUUAGUUUGUUUUAAUAGACUACCAGAGACUGACAUAGUUCCUUUUUACUAGAAGCUGCAAGGUAGAGAUGAACAUACACUCUGCUGGGCAUUACUUUGUUCUAAAGAGGUUUUUUUGCUUGGCAACUGUUCAAGUCCCACUGAUUUCCACAUCUUUAGUAUAUUAAGAGGCAACCAUUAAAAUAAAAUAAAAUUUAAAAUAAGAGUCAAGCAUUUGAGAUUUUUUACAGCUUGUUUUUACGGUAUUUAUGAAUUAAAACUCUGCAGGUAAUGAGCCUUGUUAGGCAAACAAAUUCUAUAAAAUCCAAAUGUCUUGCUUCUGUAACUGCUUUCUGAGAUUAAAUGUUACUGGUCUUGCUUUUUUUAAACCUUUGUGUUUUUUGGUAAAACUUUCUUCUCUUAGAAGCUCUUUUGUUCAUAGAUUAAAUCUAUUUUUAAAUCUAUUUUUUUCCUGUGUGUGAUUAAAUCAGAAAGGAGGCUUGAAGUUUAUUAGUAGCAUCUCAUAUAUAUUCAGUUAAUACUUGAACUAUUUUUGUUUUGCAGUUAGAUUGAGGCUUCAAAAAGCAUUGGGGCUAUUAACAGUUUAAUUGAUUUUAAUUUAAUUGUUUUUCAAUUCAAACUGCAGUGACAGUAGUCUUGCUUGGAUUCAUUUUUCCAAGAUACAUCUAAUGCUUCAAGGAUUUAUUUUUAUGAUAUCACUCCCUUUGAAUUACCUCUAAAUUGUCCAUGAGAUGUUGGGACUCAGAGUAGUUUCUCUUGUAGGUACAUGGUCACCCAUCAGCUGCUGUUGCAGAGAUACCCAACUUGCCUGAGAAAUGAGGGAGCGCAGGACGGUGUUUUCCCUGCCGUGGCCCUCACUGUCUUUUGGAGAAGUGAGGAGCACAAAACUUUGAGGAAAAUGGUUUUCAGUGGCUCAGUGAGCAAGAUUUCUCACUUGAAACACUUUCCUGUAUUUAGAGGAAGUGUUCAUUAUAAGCACGGAUGUUGACUUAGAGCUGGAUCUGCUGGCAGAAGUGGCUGAUCUGGUGAUGUCACUGGAACUUGCUAAUGAACUUGAUAUCCGUGGCACAGCUGUCCUGCCACCCAGGCCUGCUGGAUGUGGAGUUACUGUUGCAUGAGCAUUGUUCUCUGUCCUGGGAAGCCAGGGCAGCUCGUCGUGUCUCUGUUGUUGCAGCAGCUGGUUGCUCUAAGGGUUUCAUCUCAGCUGCAGGGGCUUGAGAUGUCCUACUUGGUGCUUUUUCUGAAGACUCUCUGGUGCUGCCUUCUUGAAAGCCAACACUGCAGGACAUGAACAUUUGCCUCUUCCAAGAAUAAAUCCUCUGCCCUCCUGCUGCUGCAGCAGCACUGGGACUGCCUCUGAAUAACCCAUCAUGUGUCCUCUGUGAGGAGAGGAGUUUCUACCACAGCUACUCCACACACAGCAGCAUCUCCCUCCCCUCUGAGCUACCUGUACUGGAAGGAUCAUGUGAGGGAUGUGGGUUUCCUCACUGGGCACUCACAUUGCUCCCAUGCACUGAAAUGAGCUGCAGCUUCAUAUUAAGGCUUCUCUCUGCAUAGGCUCUCUCACUUUGUACUGUUGUUUGUUUUUUUAACUGCCUUUGCAAAGUGCUCCUGGAAAUGAGAGGCAUGCCGUAAUGAAUUAUCGUGGUCUGUGGCUUAUUUGUGUCGUGGGGAUACUUGUGGAGCUUUGUUUUGAAGAGUAGUGUUGAAAAAGCAUGAGGGGAGCAGGAACAAGUAGAGGAGAAGGUGCUUUUAUGUGGUGUGAUAUGCCUCAGCAAUGCUGCUUGAUUGCUGCAGAGGAGUGCAUCAAAGCACCCUCCGUUUAGAACAAUUUCAUUCUCUGGGCUUUGCUCAGUCAUCUGUGUGCUUAUAUUUAAGAGUGACAGGCUCAGGACAGGUUAGCACACUGUCCUCAGUAAUAAUUCACUAAUGUGAUACUUCAGAGCGAGGAACACAAAAGCUCUGUGGGUCAGAAGGGGCUCAGUCAAUGCUCUGCCUCUGCCAGUUGAUGAGAGCACAAAAGAAAUCGCUUUUUAUAUCCUUCCUAUGGCAGGGUUGACCAGAGCAGAUGAAGCUCAAGAGUUGUCUUAAAACAUAAACAUGACUGUGACAGAGGAAAAUUAAUGAUCCUGAGCAGCUUAGAUAAGCUCCCUCGUCUGCACCUACACACAGAACAGAGGUGCUUUCAACUGGAAACCGUUCCUGCCUUCGUCUCUCUGCUUCUCUCUCUCAUAAUGGUGCUCUUAGGACAACAACGCUGAGGAAAUAGAUUAGACAAACAGUGGGAGAUCCCACAGCUUGCUAUAAAAGCCACCUCCAAUCUUUGCAACACUUUGACAGCUCUCAAUUUCCCAAUUUGACAGGUUAAUGAAAACUGGAUUGUUUCUGAAGCUGUAGGUACUGUGCUGUGGGGGAAGGGAGGGCUGUGCUCUGCCCUGGGACCACCCAGCCCAGCACCUUCCUGCCACCCAGGCUGCAAAAUCCUCAUCCCCAGGAGGGAGGCAGCACAUGCUGGACCCUGGGGCAAGCAGCCAGUGUUUGUGGCUGUGAUGUUAGUGUAGGGCUUUGCAAGAUGCUCCCAUGCCAGGAGACAAGUGGACUUGCCUCGUGUGUGUGUGUCAUCUCUGAGAAGCUGUGCUGCAGCGUUUGACCUCCUAGUGUUUGGCUUGGCUGGCCAAAACACUGCUUCCAUCCACCCUCCCUGAGGCUGUGUGUGGACAGGAAAAUGAGCUGACUGAGCCAGCCAAGCUAAAUAGAGCAGGAGAUGUCCCCACUCUCACAUCCAACACACUUCCAUGGAGUGGGGAGAGUGAGUGUCCAUGCCCCUGUGUGGCCUUGUGUCCAGCCUUCUCCAAGAUGUGAGGUGGGAGAGAGAGAUUGAAAUGUGGUGGAGAAACUCCUGGUUGUCAGGAAGAGCAUCAGUGGGAAUUGCAGUUCUGGAGUGGUCCCAGAGUGUCUUAGCACAGCAGUGAGGCCAGGGACAAGAGUUUCAACUCUUAUUGCUUUGCUUUCAAAGUGCCUCUUGCAAGCCUAGUGCCCACAAUAUGCCUUGUCUGAUGGAGAAACUGAGAGAGAAGAGUUUAUGUUGGUGCACUGGAGCUCCAUAAAUAAGUAAAUUGGAGCAGGCUGGAAGCAAAGAGCCAAGUAAGUGCCAUUCAUCAUGUAAGGGGGCCUGGAGUAUGUUCCAGCUUGUAAUGCAUGAGGGAGAGCAGUGUUAUGAAUAGCCACGGGAUGAAUCCCCUUCUUUUUGGAUCAUGAUUCUGUGUAAUAAACAAGCAAGACAAUUUGUAUAAAAUAGUGAGGAUUCUUUCCUAGAGAAGUCAUUUAAAGCUGUAUUUGCCCAUCAGGGAACAGUUUCUAGGAACCUUUUGUAGGUACAUUUCCAUGCAAGUGGGUGAAGAGAAAAUGAAUGCAGUUGGUAAGUGAUGGAUGGUGUGUGUAAACCUGUGCUAUGCUCUGCUCUCCCUGGGCUGGUGAUUGUACUGGAUGGCCUCUGACCAUACUGGGGAGCCUCCAGCCACUAUCCCUGCCUCCUGCCUCCCUGCACUGCACACCAUAGAUGCAAUCUAAAGUAGAAGGAUUUUUUUUUCCUGAGUGUCUUUUGGUCAUGAAACAGUGUUUUUGGAGUAAUAAAAUCCUCACCCAAAUGUGUUAGUACUGCUGGCUCCUGGAAACCUCUAAAAAUAUGAUUUGCCUGUAAAAGGAGAGGGGGACCUGCCAGGUGAGAUGCACAGUGACCCCAUAACAUACAGCACAGAUGUGGUCUCUGCAGAAAGUUUGCUGUGGGGUUGGUUUUUUCCUUUGGAAUAACUUUUGGGGGACUAUUUUGGUUUGUUUUGCUUUCAGUGAUUCCCAACCAGCUUGUUAGUCACUCCUCACACCCUGCAGCAGCUUCUUCUGGCUUUGUGCCUUGGAUCCCACACCCUCUCACUACGCAGCAUGGCAGAGGCUUACUGAGGGACUCUCCUGAGUUUCUCCCAGUGGGACAAUGAUUGGAAGGCCCCAGGGCAGCCCUCUCUGUGUCUGGAGGCAGAGUGGUGUUUUCACCCUGGAGUCAAGCCAAUUGCAAAAGCUCAAGAAGAAUGAAAGCAAGUGAACGUCCCGCGGAAGGCAAAGCUGUCAGCAGAGCUGCCAUGAGAUGGCACUGCAAGACCAGGCACGGAGCUGCUGCGGGCUGGGGCCAGCGGCUGCCGGGCAGGGGGCGAGGGGAAGCCCCCUCCCUACACUGCCUGGGGCAGAAGGCACCCAUGGAAGGAGAGGUCCCCUGUUAGACAGGGAGAUCUGUCGUGGAGCUACGUCGGGACUGGACUUUUCCUGCUUACACAAAGCGUGUGAGGCUGCAGGGGUUUGUGUGUAAACAGCGCAGAUGAGGGAGGAGGGCUGUUGAGCUUAUAAACAGCAGUAAGGAAA